AUGGGCUUUCGUUCGGACCAGUUUCUUAGCAGUAUUGACGACCAAAAGCGAUGCAGUUUAUGUGAAGGGGUUCUGGAUAAUCCUUUAGAGACACUGUGUGGCCAUGUCUUUUGCUCGGGUUGCAUUUUACCGUGGAUAUUUCGUCACCGGCAAUGUCCGAAAAACUGCCAACCUCUGACAACAAGUGACCUAAAAAACAACUUGGAUCUUCGUCGGACGAUUCUAAAUAUGCAAGUAAGAUGUAGUUAUCAUUCUUCAGGAUGUGAAGAGGUGUUUACACUCAUUAAUUUGCCGGAACAUACCGAGAUUUGUCCCUUUAAACCGUCUCGAUGUAGGAAUAUGGGUUGUCCUGAGGUGGUUGUAAUUUCGGAGCUGUCGCAACAUGAGACGGACACGUGCGAAUUCAGACCUGUCGGUAUUUGCGACAAGGGUUGUGGGCUGGUCCUCCUGUACAAUUCAAUGGACAAGCACAGUUGUUUAGAGGCCCUUAGGACCCAUUCUACAUCACAGGAAACAAGGAUAGAUAAUUUACAAGAGGAGGUGAAAAGGUUGACGACGAAAUAUCUCAAGAGGGAAAGGUCCUAUCUAAAUCAGAUCACAAAUUUGCACAACAAGCUUCAAAAUCAAGCACAGGAGUUUCAGAAAAAGUUGGAUGAUUAUCGAAUACAACUGACUGGAUUGUCAUCUAAAUCAUGUUGUUACAAGCACGAGGAACAGAAGCUCUCCAUAAUCCUUGAAAGGGAUAAAGGAUCACUUGGCUUUAACAUAAUGGGAGGAUAUUCUCCAAACAACAAUAAUGAGACUGAAGGAAUCAUAGUGUCAAGAUUAACGGAAACUGGGCCAGCUGAUAAACAAGGGAUGAAAAUCCAUGACCAGAUUCUCAAGGUGAAUGGUCAGGAUUUAUCCAAGUCAUCCCACGAAGAAGCAGUUGAGGCCUUUCGCACAGCCAAGGAACCCAUCGUCGUUGAGGUUCUGCGGAGAGUGUCACCACCAGGCUCACAACCAAAGACCAACUCAAAGAUGAAAAGUCGAUCGCCAGCGUUGGUGUCAAUUGGCACGCAAACAGAUGAGCUCAUUGAGAACGGAGCGUUUUAUGGGUUGUCCAGGCCACCGACACCUCCACCUGCCUUAUACAACUUUCAGGGAAAUGGUCUGUACCAGCCAUCUUCAAGACAACCAGUAGCAUUUUCACCAAGUGCAGAAAUGGGUUUGACAGACAUUGAGAUGGCCAAUGGCUGUUUUGAUUACGACGACGCUUUUGAAGAUGACAGGGCUUUCGACAUGGAAUAUGAGGAGGUAACAUUACAUCGUGCCAACAGUGAGGAAAAAAUUGGUUUGACAUUAUGUUAUGGUGCUGCUGAGGACGAAGUCACAGAUAUUUUUAUCAGUGAAAUUGAACCGUAUAGUAUUGCUGCCCAAGAUGGUCGCAUCAGAGAGGGAGAUCAAAUACUACAAAUAAACGGCCAAGAUGUACACAGUCGGGAACAGGCAAUCUUUUUGUUCAGUCAAAAUCGAUCGGACAUAACUUUGUUAUUAGCAAGACCACAACUUCAGAUGAUGGACGAUGGCUUCAUGGAUGGAAGACACUGCAUGUUAGACGACCUUCACAUGGAAAUGUUAGACCAGCACCACCACAAUGUUAACUUCCCUGCCAACCUACUUCGUCAAAGGGUGUUAGAUGAAGAGGGUGGCACCACGGACACAGCUACGACGGAGAACUCCUCUCACAAACAUGAGAAAGACAGUGGAGUGGGUCGCACAGAUGACAGUACUAAAAAUGACGAAAGCUCCGAACAGGAACUGUUGGAGAAUGAAUGUACGUCACCAGCGACAAGUCACAAAUUUCAACCCAAAUGCAAUCUGGGAAGUGGAGAGCUACACUACAGCAAUGAUAGUUUCACGUCAAAUGAAACACAUGAACAGGAAUUUGCUGGGAAUGAAAUAUCGGCAGAGGAGUGCGAUAAAUUCAGAGAAGUUUUGGAAAGUCGUUGUAGCAACAAGGAGAGUGGUGGCUCGGGAUCGCCCGAGAAGACUUUGGCUAAGGUGGACUCACAGAGCAGCCUUGAGCGUGAAAUCGCUGUGCUAAAUAAGGAAAUGGAACACAUUCAAUUCGAGUGCCAGGAAAUAGUUGACUCUCAUUUGCGGGAACAAACGAAAUUAAAAACGCAGACAGACGUUAUCCGUACAGAACCGCCAUACCGUAGUCCACGCAUGGUGCCCCGGAUGGGUACGAGGUUGGAGUAUUUGAAAAUGUACAAUCAGUCACCGCCACAAGACCCUGUGUGGGUAAAGAACGAGGUGAAGAAAGCAUCUGAGAAGGAGAAGGACUCAAACUCUACUUCCAACACCAGCGCCUAUAACACGGGGGAGAGCUGCCGAAGCACGCCCCUUAUGACUCUCGAACUUAAUCAGACUGAAGAAAAUGGCAAUGGACUGCAAGGCUCUAUGCUAUGCCUUGCUGCGAAGCCGUCGCAAAGUACGAGUGACUCUGAAAAGAGUACGCAAACAAUUGGCAAUGGUCACAAGCAUCGAUACAAGGAGAGAAAAGACAACGGACACAUUCAGGGUGACAAACACAAUGACAAUAAUGACCAACAGUCUCAUAUGUAUGAAAUCUACGAUAAAUAUGCUAACGUUAUGUACACGAAUAAAGCCAAUUUAGAACACACUAUGAAGGUACAACAGCAGAUUUUCCAUCAGCAGAUGAUGAUGAAAAAGGCCCAGUCUGGUGCCUCGCAACAAUCGCUGGCGACUUUUGGGAAAGACACAGAUUCAAAUAUUGGGAAUGAGAACCUGAAUGUGACCUGUUCGCCAAUGCAAGGACAGCAAGGAGCUGCAGAACAACAAAUGGAGUGGGUUGUAAAGCGAAGGGCAGAUGGCUCACGGUAUAUAACCAGGCGGCCGGUCAGGAAUAAACUUUUGAAAGAACGUGCUAAGAAAUUAGCAGAGGAGCGAUGUGGUAUGACAACGGAUGACGAUGCAAUGAGUGAGCUGAAAACUGGUCGGUACUGGAGUAAGGAGGAUCGUAAGAAACAUGUGGACCGUGCACGUGAGCAUAAGAAGCGCAAAGAGUUGAUGUUGCGACAGAAGAUGGAAACACUGAAGGAACAGCAUCAGGAUCAGCCGGAGAAGAAGGAAACAAACAUUGUCGAAUUGAGUCAUAAGAAAAUGAACAAACAUAAGGGGAAGAAAAUGUUUGAUGAUUUCACAACGGUACAGGAGAUGUUGGCCCAUGGUAGCAAGGUACCUGAUCCCAAGGGCGGAUUUAAUCCAUUGCUGUCUGUGACAACUGUAUGACAGGACAAACGUACAGUUAAGCCAUGACUUUCCUGAUCUCAAUCACACGAUCACCGCAAUCACAUGAUCAGUCACAUGAUCAGGCAACAGCCAGAAGUUUUGUUCUCUAACUUGUUGUUGGUUUCAUAUGCUAAUUAUGAGAAUCUUGUAUUUGAAAAUCUACAGACUAUCAGCAAACUGUGUAAAAAGUCAUCAUAGACCGCUAGGAGGACUGAACAUAUAGUGCUGCACUAGAGAUUAUAAUGUGUCUGUGUAAAUUGGCUACCAUGCAUGCAGAGAGCUCAUCGCCGGAUGGUUCCUGAAUACGGUAAUGCUAGUGAGAAAUAUUUAGGCAGAUGACGGUCUUUCUUCAUUGACGUAGCCAGUCAAGAUCCUUGGAAUGCUAAGAUGUGAUCAGUCCUUCACCUGGGAGAAAAGACUCGUUUAACCGGUGACGUUGGUUUAUUCCAUAGGAACUGGGAUGAAAAACUGUCCCAUUUCAAAUUAUUGUGUGCCAAGAAUAAUCAGUGCAAAAUGGCUUAAAUAUUAAUAACUAGUUUGAAAAUCAGUGUUCAAGACAUUGUUUCUUAUUGUAUAAAAACAUUUUACCGCCAUUCGAGACAAGAGCCCUCUGUCAGUCAUAUGAGGAACUAUAGUGUACAUGACAAUUAAGUGAUCUUUUUUUAUGAUGUUGGUUCCUCCGCACCUGUCUGUUGAAAAAUCAUUUCAAACAUUUUGAAAAGAAAUAAACAAGCAGGUAGUUAUUGGCUUGUUCAGUUUUCGCAACGACAGGGAAGGGAGGAAACAGACUGGCAUAAGUGUUUAAAACCUGAAUAAGUUUCAUUAUUGGGCAGUUCUGUGUGAAAAACUACAAUUGUGAACUCAGGUGGUCCAACACACUGCAGAUGAAUUUCAUUAUUGUGCAAGUGGGCUUAUGAUAUCGUUGGCUUAUAGUUGUUGACGUAAAAUAAUGCUUCAAGCACGGCACAAACAAGGAAUUUAAAUUGCUGAUACACUUUUAAAAUUGAAUACCAUUAUCAUUCAGAUUUUACCUUAUGAAAUUUUUGGAGAAGCGGAUAACUAAACCUAUUUGAUGAAUUGUGUGCUCAGGGUGCACGAUGUCACACAAAGCUUAUAGAAGGAGAUGUCUCAGCUACAGAAUACUGGGAGUUGAUUAGGUUCUGAAUGAUAAUUUGAUGCUAUUCAAUAUUAAGUGUAUAGGGGUUUUUGACAUCGAGUACUUUCAAACAACCAAGGCAGGCUGUCGUCACUGUAGCCCAGUGUAGGGUGUCACCCUGAGAAUACCUAUACUUCAGUGUACAAUUCUGUUUGCUAAAUUUGAUCUAGUGAGGCAUGGGCUUUCCUAGGUUAAUAAUGAUGGUGUCAUCGAUUGCUUGGUUGGUUGAUUAUGCAGUUGCUUCCAUAUUUUGAUACUUUUUAUAAGCAUUUUAUAAGAUCAUGAUAAUGUUUGUAGAGUGAAAGGUUUUCUUGAAUUUUUUCGAUUUGCGAGGAGCGUACAACAGUUACUUUGGUCAAUUUGUAAACAUUAGGCUACACAAUGUUAUAUAACAUAAGUAAUUGCAUUGGAACAGUGUAUCCAAUAAUUUGAAUGGGUUAACCCCUCAUGGAACAAGGUUGUUGUAACAUUUGUGGAGUUGUUUAAAUUUACCAACAAUGGCAGAUUUUGAGUUGUCUUCUACAUUUGGGAGAGUGCCCCAAAGGUGUUAUCAAUGUUCCCUUUACCUAAUCAAGUAAUUAAUUCUCCUUUAAAGUCAUAAAAGAAGUAUCAAUUACUUGAUUCAGUCCUUAAAGGUUAAGUAAUAACCGCUGACAUCCUUAAGGUCUUGUCAAAAUUUUAGUUGUUAUAUCUUUAGAGAGAAAACAAGAUGGAUGUAAGUUCAAUGGGUUUGACUUAGAUAGCCUCCUUUGCGUGUUUCAUUGUGAGCUUGGCUUUAUUGCGAUUUGACUCACAUUGUCCUGGCUGUACAUGAUAAAAAAAGCACAUAUCUGCAUGAAAAAUGCAAAUAUUCAAAAGUCAAAAAGAAAAGGAUGGGCACAAGAGCUUGGAAUUGACGAACAAAGUUGGCAAAGUUUGUAUGUGUCUCAAGGGAAUGUACAAAUGCACCUCGUAAUGAAUCACAAAGUGAAUAUAUUGUUGCAAAGUCUGCACAGAGAGUUCUUAAUCUGUGUUAAAUUUAAACACUGGUGUUGUUUUUUGGUUCAUGUAUAUAUGAUCAUGUCCUCUUUGUAAAUUGCUGUAUAAUGUGCAUCGAAGACCAUUGGUAUAGGCCUACUGAGCAGUGAUCAAUCAGGGUUUGGGUGGUAAAGGGGAUAGAAGGACUACGGAUUGUACAAAGAGAAUAGAACCUUUUAUGUGCCAUUUAUGGUUAUAUACUACACCCUAGGGUGUAACAGGAGUGAACUAAAAGUCUAUUUCAACUGGAAUUUGUGGAAUUUACAUGAAAGGUUUAUCAAAACUUUGCCAAAAAUGUGCUAACUUUGCCAAGCCACGAAAAAUAAGGGAUAUGAUAAUCUGUUUGUCACAACUGAAAUUCUCUUUUGAUAACUCGUAUCAUCUAUCUUUUUCGCAGAUAUUUUGACAGUGGCAAAGUUGUAAUUUUUACAGUAUGUGUAUAUUUCAUUACAACUCUGUUCUUGUAAAGAGAAUCCAGACAAAUUCGGAGUGAAAUUGAUUAUGAAGGUUGUAUAUUUUCCUGUUUCUGUAUAGGAUAGGCUAGAGAGAUGAAGUGUUUGAAAGCACACAGGUAAUUUUUAAAGGUUGGAGCAAGGGUGUUCAAAACCCUAGAAUACCACUGAGGGCAAUGUUGUAAAUUUUGUUAAGUGGAAGAUUGUGGCUAAACCUUUGAUGACUGAUAAUAAUUAUGUCUAGAAAGUAAUUAAACAAUAUUUGAAGUCGAAAUUAGUGCGCGCUUACUAUGGCCGUAUGGGUGAUUUUCACCAAGCAAUUUUUAAAAGCAAUGUUUAGAACGUGUUAACUGACCUUUCUAUUAAUGAUCAUCAUUUUCCCAGUCAUUUUGUGGUUUAAAAGAUGGACAAAAGAGGGUGAACAUUAAAAAUGUUACUUUUCAUGUCAUGUCAAUUUGGCUUGAAUCUGAUAUACAAUUGAGUGCGGUGCAAUCAAGUGAUUUUUGACGCUGCAACUUGCAGUUGUAAUUGUUGCUAUUGUUGCGAAUGAGCAAUGUUGGUUGCCGGCGAUAAUUUGUAAAUCUGCAAAUCACUUGUCCGCAGGGCAUUUAAGUGACAGAGAUUGCAUGCACUUACUACACAGAUGAAGCCAUUUUGGAGUGAUAUGGUAUUUAGAAUCUUGAGUUUAAAAGUUUUGGCAUUGUUGGGGAUUCAAGGAGCUGUCUAUUCUCAGACUGAGCUCAAUGUUUUUAUUAUUUGGAUGCCAACAAUGUCUAAAUGUUGUUAGCGAGUGCUGGGAUCAACAAAAUUAUAAACUUUGAUCGAUUUUAUGGACUGGGAGCAGAGCAGCAGUAUUCAAAGCUUUAUGGUGUCUUUUAUGAGCAAUAUCAGUAUAAAACCUCCAGAAGGACUGACGCUGCCAUAUGCUGGCUCCUGACAAAUGUUACAGUGGCUCCUGGUCCAUAAGGGUCAAAGGUAUCAUCUGUACAGGGUGUACCAAAAAUCAAAAACGUAGCUUUGCCUUCUACCAAAUCUUGAGGGAAGUAUCUCACAGUAAAACUUCUAUAACAACUAUCAGCAGCAGUUCUUAACCUUAUGCUUGACUUCUUGAUAAGGUUUCAUGUUGUUGUCGGAAUUUUGAUAUGCCCUGCUGUAUGACCAGUGUUGGCAAGUAUUCUCGCUUUUGGUGAUCCAGUCAUGUAAAAAUAACCUGUGUAAAAUUUGUAAAUGUAUAUGUUUACAAGUAUUUUUGUGCACUAUUUAUGCUGUAGUCUAUGAUGACAAUCACCAACAAGAUCUUGGACUAACAGACCUCAGAUUUUUUAUAAACCAGAGUAUGUGUUUAUGACAAUUAUUCAAUUCAAGAUACAGUACAUAUUGUGCACUGUGAUGAAAUACUUAAUGAUUUUCUGAUUGAUUCCAAUUUUGCAGGGUCAAGUCUAUUCUGCAUGAUCUCAAUAAAAUCUCUUCAGCAAAUUCAGGUUAGUUUCAGGUGUGGAUGAUUAUCUUAAAUCCAAAGAUGACUGGUAAAAGAUCAUCUUCAAUAGUAAUUGUUCUGUUAGAAUGGAUAUGCCAUUGAAACUUAAUUGUCCGUAGAAUAAAAGCAGAAAAUGUUCUUUUGUGCUGGUAGAGACAUCUUUUGUGUAGAAUUGGAAUCAAUCAGCUGAUAUGUCGUUUAAUUUUGAAAUUUAGAAGUUCUAACUUAUUCUGUAUAGCUUGUCAAUGUCAUGUAUGUGAUCUUACGUAUAUACAGGGACUGUGUCAAAAUGACGCAUCUUUUCAGUUUACAGUACAUAGUUGGUAAAAAAAUGUGUCAUGCCUGACACUGCUUAUCAGUAGUAGAUAAAAAGUGUAUGGUAUUUAAAUAGUUACAUGAGUAAACGUAUAAGUCACAUGACUAGUCUUCUGCAUUGCAUUGUGGGAAAUAUUGAAUGAUGUACAGUUUGAGAAUAAUUGUGUAAAGUUUAUAAAGAUAGAGAUAUUGAAAAUAUUGCUUGUGGUGUUUUCCCUCAAAAAAAGCAGGGUAUUGUAAAAUGUCAGUAAGGGUUUACCACAUCACCUCUUCAAUAUUCCUGAAAUGAACUCUACAAUUGCCCUUCCCUGCAACAGAGGGUGAGGCUUAAUUAAGGGAAAUGACACAUUUGCUGUUGUUUAUUUGAUAUCUGUUCUUUCAUUGGGGGUGGAGGGUGGGGGGAGGUCAUGGAAAAAUUUCAGGAUAUGUCCUAGGCAACAUCUCUUGGGACACUGAUCUACUUUAACCAUAAUUGAAAUGAGAUCAAAUUUUGUGUCUAUAUACCUUGUUUGGUAUAGUUUUUGGUUUACCUUGAAAGGUAUGAUUGAAUUUUCAUGACUAAAAUGCCAAGGUGAAUGACAGAAAGUUUAUGAUAACUCAUCCUUGGUAUAUGUUUCGCGGUGUCAUUUGAAUUUGUAUUUGUGGAUAAAAGAGGCCUGCCAUGGGUUCCGCCUUCAAUCUGGCUGUCGUACUUUAUCUCUAUAAAUUGGUUGUUGGUCAUAUAUUUCCACAUCAUAUUUUGCCGAGAGGAUCUGGAUGGCUUGAACCUCUUGACAGCAUAUCACAUUAGAUAUUUUCUUUUCUGUAAACACAGUUGAUCGUUUCACAAGUUCAGACCACACGGUCAGCCAUGAUUGUGUAGGAAUAAUUUGAUGCCAUUCUUCGGGCAUGAUGUUGCUAGUAUACUGACCUGCUUUCUUCAUGGUAUGAUUGUCAUAAUUGGGAGGGAUCUCCUUAAUAAAUUAUUGUUUUAUAUACAUGA